AUGUCGGCAACCCACACGGGAGAGGGUAACAACUUCUCUAAUACAGGCUUUCAAAACAUCCAUACGGGUGGUGGCAAUCAGAUUAUUCAAACUGGUCCCGAUGAGGAGACAAAACAGGACCGCCAAUGCCUCAGUUACAUGCAACAAAGUGGCUACGUCCCAGAAGACCAGAAAGCCAAUGCCGAGAGACGGAAAGAGCAACUUUUCGAGCCCGCUUGCGAGUGGAUCUUCAAGAACCCCGAGUUCCAACAAUGGCGUGACGGCGCAUAUCCUCCUGGCCUUUGGCUUCAUGGGGGACCAGGCAAAGGCAAGACUAAGCUUCUGUGCAGUGUCCUGAACCAUUUGUUGGACUCGGCCCGAGGAGCCCCAGUUUCUUCUGAUCCAAGUCUAUUCGUUACAUAUUCCUUUUUCAGCGAUCCGGACGGCGACCGCGAAGCAUCGUUUGUAGUGGCCACUCUUAUUCACGGACUCGCAAAACAGCAACCCUCAUACCUCCGUCGCAUCUCGAAGGAUUACGACCACGAAAACAAAUACCCAUUUCAAGGGAAACGGCCAUUUCAAACCCUAGCAGGUAUCUUGAAAGACAUGUUGGAAGACAACCCAACCCGAACCGGGAUUAUCUUGGUGGUUGAUGCACUCGACGAAUGCAAGACCGAUACCGAUCUUGACCAGCUACUGGAUCUGAUCCUCGAGACAUCGUCCAUACAAAAUGUCAGAUGGUUCGUAUCCAGUCGGGGACUUCCAGCCAUUCACCAAAAGUUUGAUGCGCCUGAUACAAAGAUGCGAAAGUUGAGUCUUGACCAAACCGGAAAAGACAUCCAGCAAGCCGUUCAAGCCUACAUACACCACCGAAUGGGAAUCCUUCACCGUCUUAGGAUGAGUGAAGAGAAGAGAGAAGAGCUUCAGAAUCGACUAUUGCGCAAAGCAGGCGAUACAUUCCUGUGGUUGUCUAUCGUCAUGGCCGAGCUCAAGAACGUGGCCAGUUGGGACAUCGAUGAUGUUGUUGAUGGGUUGCCAGAUGAUCUCGAGAGUCUCUACGUGAAGCUACUGCAGAAUCUGUUAGAAAGUCUUGGACAGAGGAAAAACAAGAAACUUGUCAAAGACGUUCUCUACAAAACACUUGCUACGACAGCAGCCGCUCUGCGGCCACUCUACAUCGAAGAACUGAAGGAAUUGGCCGAGUUUCCUGCAAAUAUUCGCGACAACAGCCAAGUAGAAGAGGUUAUCGACAAAUGCGGCGCCUUUUUCACUUGCCAAAACAACCAAGUCUUCCUGAUUCAUCUUUCCGCCAAGGAGUUCUUGACACCUGAAAAGUUGCAGUCGGCGUUUCAGUCUGAUCCUCUCGAUAUUCACUCCCAUUUGUUUUCCCGCUCGAUGUCCGCCAUGAAGAAAAACCUGAAACGCGAUAUCUACAACCUGGAGAAGCCAGGAAUUUGUAUUCGUGAAAUUGGCCUUACCCUAUCUCCAGAUCCACUGUCUGGGCUCAAGUAUUCCUGCAUUCACUGGAUUGAUCAUCUUGAACAAGUUCAGUUUCAAAAUCGAUCUCACUACCAGGCUGUGAGACUCUUCAUCGAGAAAUCGCUUUUGCACUGGCUGGAGGCAAUGAGCUUGCAGAGAAAGAUUGGAGAAGCAUUCAAGGCAGUUUACAGGCUACGGAGCCUAACGCAGAACACAAAAGACUACGAACUGGACACUCUUACUGAGGAUAUCAACCGCUUCCCCAACCGGCAGCUGUGUCAGAAGGUUUUAUAA